AUGUCAUUACCAGACAAAUGGGAUUACUACAAUGAUUCGGAAAUCGAUCUGGGUUUCUGUCAGGAAUUCCAUGGUUACACUAUGGUACAAAGGGUAGCCACAGAUGAGCGUCCAUUUGAAACGCCCUCUUCCGAUGAGAGCGGAUUGGGCCGAAGCGACUCUCCCAGCGAAGAUUUGGAACCAGAGGCAGCUUUGGUGGUUCCCCCAGACGGUGGUUGGGGUUGGGUCGUGGUUGUAGCUUCAUUCAUGUGCAACUUCAUCGUUGACGGCAUAAUUUUCUCUGGAGGAAUGCUUUUGACUCCCAUACAAAAAGAAUUUAAAGCGACUGACGGACAGGUGGCACCGGUGAAUUCAUUGUUGGCGGGAUUUUAUCUUUUAGCGGGGCCUUUCGUAUCAGCUUUGGCAAACAAAUAUGGUUUCCGUGUCGUUACAAUAAUAGGUACUCUAAUAACAAGCACUGCAUUCGCGUUAUCAUAUUUCGCGGAGAGCGUCGAGUAUCUUUAUCUUGUGUACGGCGUCGUGGGAGGCGUGGGUUUCUGCAUGAUUUACAUGCCGGCUGUACUCACUGUUGGUUUCUACUUCGAACGUUGGCGAGCGUUGGCCACGGGGUUGGCGUUAUGUGGCUCGGGGGUUGGCACAUUCGUGUUCGCGCCCCUAACUGACAUGUUGAACGAACGAGUUGGAUGGAAAAUGACUAUUGUUAUACAUUCUGGAUUAGUGCUACUAUGCAUCAUAUUCGGAGCUAUGUUCCGUCCGAUAAAUCCCGUCCGCGUUACCUUAGCUGACAAACAAGACGAAGACGAUGAUUCGAGGAGACACGAAGAAGCUGUUGAAAAAUUGAAUUCUAUGUUGAAACUGCAAAGCAAACUGGACUCCGGUAUAUCGAUGCCGGCAGAAAUGAGAUUCACCAACAAAGUUAGCCCUCACACUUGGAUGGGCGUAGCAAAUAACACUCGCUAUCCGACUGCGGAAGAAGUUUUCAAAGGGAGCAAUUCUCAUAUAAGCAGAAGGUCAUCAGCGACCGCUGGCACUAUAAAGCAUAACCUCGGAAAUAAGCCCAUGUUCAUAGCUUUACCAGUCGCUGAGAAGGACGAACAGGAAGACUCAAACAGCAACAUCGAUAACGCUGAACCUCUCAUCUCUAACACAAUCAAAGUCAUCACGAGAGACCAAAGACCGCGUAGAUCGCAUAUGGAUCUUGUAGCGAGACCGUUCUAUCGUGAUGAUAUUUUCUUUAGCGGCAGUCUAGCCAGACUACCUCAGUAUACAUCAAGAACUUCACUAGGCUACCACUUAGCUGUAACCCACGUACCAACACAAGAAGACGCUCAAGAGGAAGUUUCCAAACAAUGUCGAUUAUGCCCAGAAUCGGUCAAACGAGCUCUAGCAACUAUGUUGGACAUAAGUCUCUUCAGAUCUCCUACAUUCAUACUUCUAGCUAUCAGCGGAUUUUUCACUAUGUUGGGCUUCUUUGUACCAUAUAUGUACGUGAAGCAAAGAGCUGAAAGCAAUGGUGUAGGUAAAGCAACAAGUGUUAUGUUGGUGUCUGCUAUAGGUAUAGCUAAUAUCGUGGGUCGUAUCGCGUGUGGACUGGUGUCCUCGAUGCCUAAAGUGUCUCCGUUGUGGCUGAACAACAUAGCGUUGUCUGCGGGUGGUAUUGCUACUAUGAUGAGCGGACUCUGCUAUGAGGAGUAUUUCCAGUUCGGUUACUGCGCUGUUUUUGGAUUGGCUAUCGCAUGUUUCGCGUCUCUACGUUCAAUACUAGUAGUGGAGUACAUCGGCCUAGAACAACUUACUAACUGUUUCGGACUCUUCCUACUUUUCCAAGGGUUUGGAGCUCUCCUAGGAGCACCAAUCGCGGGCGCUCUCAUGGACAUGACGCACAGUUUCGACAUAGCGUUCUACGUGUCCGGCAGCUUCCUAUUAUUUUCGGCUGUAAUGAUCUAUCCAGUAGAUUAUGUAAGCAGAUGGGAAAAAUCUAGAAAUAAACUAGCAUCACAACAGAACGCGUAA